AUGAACUGGCUACAUGACAGUGUUGUGGGAGAAUUCAUCUUACUGGGAGUGGCUGACCGCCCUCGCUUGGAGAUGGUGCUCUUUGCAGUCAUCUUGUUCUGCUACACAGUGACCCUCCUUGGCAACACAACCAUCAUUGCGGUGUCCCAACUGGUUCCCAGUCUUCGCACCCCCAUGUAUUUCUUCCUCAGCAAUCUCUCCUUUCUGGACCUCUGUUACACAACCAGUAUUGGCCCCCAGAUCCUGAUGCAUUUCUGGAGGGAAAAAAAGACCAUUACUUAUGCUGCCUGUGCAGUACAGUUGUUCAUCUCCCUUGGUCUGGGCUCCACAGAGUGUGUUCUGUUGGCAGUCAUGGCUUAUGACCGCUAUGCAGCGGUCUGCCAACCUCUGCGCUACACUGCCAUCAUGAGCCAUUCAGUGUGUUCCACAAUGGCGGCUGCCUCCUGGAUGAGCGGCUUCGGCAACUCACUAGUGCAGACGGCAAUGACUAUGACUCUCCCGUUGUGUGGACACAACGAGGUGGACCAUUUCUUCUGUGAAGUGCCGGCUUUGCUCAAACUGGCUUGUGUGGACACUUCAGUCAACGAGGCCGAGCUCUUUGGGAUCAGUGUUGUCUUCCUUCUGGUACCACUUGGGCUCAUCAUAGUCUCAUACGGCUAUAUCACAGUUGCCGUACUGAGGAUCCGCUCAGCCAAAGGCAGGCGCAAGGCUUUCAACACCUGUGUCUCCCACCUGACCGUGGUGUUGCUCUUCUACGGCUCAGCAAUUUUUAGUUAUCUCCAGCCUCCUUCCAGGUACUCCCGUGACCAAGGCAAAAUGAUGUCCCUGUUCUAUACGUUGAUUGUUCCAAUGCUUAACCCUUUAAUCUAUACACUGAGGAACAAAGAGGUCCACAGAGCUCUAAGAAGACUAAUGGGCAGGGAUUCAACAGCUUAG